AUGUCCCGCGUCGCUGGCAUCGUGUGCGCCGCCUCCUUGGCCCUGUAUGGUGCCAGCUGCUUCAUCGUGCCUGCCACCACGCCAAAGGGUGCACCUCAGACGGAGGCGGGUGCUGUGUUGGGGCAGCCAAGCGCCAUCAGCAGCGCUGCUGAGUCAGCCUCCUGGAGCCCGCUUGCUGUCGGUGCAGCCCUGGGGCUCUUGAUGGCAGUGGCCACUGGCCGGCCUGCCCUGGCUGCGGACCUGGAGAAUGGUGAGGCCAUCUUCAACGGCAACUGCACUGCCUGCCACGCCAACGGCAACAACUCCAUUGUGGCAGAGAAGAAGCUGAAGAAGGAAGCUUUGGUCCAGUACGGCAAGUACGACGUCCAGGCCAUCAUGAGCCAGGUGACCAACGGCAACGGCGCAAUGCCUGCCUUCGGCGACAAGCUGGGGCCUGAUGACAUCGAGGACGUGGCCAACUACGUCUACAGCAAGGCUGACAAGUGGUGA